AUGGAUUAUGCGUGUUUUGGAGAUGUCCUAGCAUUUGACACAACCUAUAGGACAAAUGCCUAUAAAAAGCCUCUAGUAGUGUUGGUCGGUGUUAAUCAUCACCACCAAACUGUUGUAUUUGGUUGUGCGUUAUUGAUAGAUGAAAGUGUUGGGACAUAUGAAUGGGUGUUGGAGACAUUUCUUGAUGCAAUGAUGAAUAAGAAACCCAUAUCUGUUGUAACCGAUGGGGAUAAAGCUAUGCGUAAGGCAAUUAAAAAAGUAUUACCCAAUACGUGUCAUCAAUUGUGUUUAUGGCAUUUGCAACGAAAUGCAUUCACGAAUGUGCAUAUUAAGGACUUCUCAAGCAUAUUUGCAAGGUGCAUGUUCAUGCGUGGGAAUGAAGAAGAAUUUGAAAAGGUUUGGCAUGAAAUGGUUGCAAAUUUGGGACUUAAUGAGAAUCAUUGGGUGACCGAGAUAUAUGGGAAACGUAAAAGAUGGGCAGAGGCGUAUUUACGUGGAAAUUUCUUUGGAGGGAUGAGAACCACACAAAGGUGUGAGAGUAUGAAUGCAUAUCUAAAUAGAUUCUUAAAAAUUCGCUUGCGACUGUAUGAGUUUGUACAACAAUUUAAUAGAGCCAUAAUGAGAAUACGGCAAAACGAGGCAAAGGCAGAGUUCGAGUCGAACAAUUCUUCACCCGUGCUUUCAACUAAACUAUCCAUAAUUGAAAAUCAUGCUGCGACGGUAUACACGAAAGAAUCUUUCCUUAAAUUUCUUGAGGAGAUGAAAAAUACAGAGUUAUUCUUUGUGGUAGGUCUUUCAAUUGGCAUCCCAUGUUGCCACAUGGUGGUGGUUAUGAAGGUGGAGCAUUUGGAAGAGAUUCCUCAGUCAUGUAUUAUGAAGAGGUGGACAAAGUUAGCAAAGGUGUAUACAAGAUCAGUACCAGUGAAUGAGACAGAUAACGACAUGGAUCGGUUUGUACGAUAUGGUUCAUUGAGUUCGAUGUGCAACAAGCUCUCCUACUUUGCGUCAGAUACGUCAUCUUCAUUUAUAGAGGCCAAAAAUGAAAUACAAAAUUUGACGACGAGAAUGGAGGAACUCUAUAACUGUAAUUUGAAAGGGAAGAAAAUAGCAGCAGAUGGAGCGACAGGUACUAACCAAGUUCGUGAUCCAAAUAUUGUGAAGACUAAAGGGAAUCCAGGCAAAGUGGCAAUGAAUGUUCAAAAGGGAAGACGAUGCAGUCGUUGUAAAAGAGUGGGUCACACAAUUCGAAAGUGUCCAGAAGCUACAAUCCCUCAAAAUGCUCAACCGGGUUAUAUGGUAUGUCAUAUUCAAUAA